AUAGGUCCAUAACUAAAAAUCUUUUUAAAACUGUCAUGUUGUUUAAUUUAGAUCGCAUCCAAAAUAUAAAAAGUUUACUUAUUAUGGAUAACCUAGACUUCUUAAGUGAUGACGAGUUAAGAUUGCGACUUAUUCAGUAUGGUUUUGCUAAUCUUCCCAUAACCCAAACAACUAGAAAAACUCUUAUCAAAAAAUUAAGAAAUCACCUGUCAAGUGCCAAUUCAAAUUUGCAGAAAACUUCUUCUCGCAUUACUCAAUAUUCGUCCGGUGAAGAAUCUGAUUCCUUGAAAGAAAUUUAUGAGGAAGGGAAGAUUAGGAAAACAAGAAUGACGACAAGCGGCUCACCCAACAACGGAAAGCGAUUGUUCAGUUUUGAAGAUCGUAGCAUGCCCCCGCCAUCAUCGUCUCUAUCAUCACAACAAAAACCCUUCAGCAGUGCCUUUUCAAUCUAUAAUCGAAGUGGAACAAACUAUUCACCUUCCAACAAAAAAAGUUCAGUCUAUGUCUCUCCUGUCAUUAUAAAUGAUUCAGAAGAUGAUGAAAUUGAUCGUAACAAGAAAAAGAGCAAAUCACAAAAUAACAGUUUCAAAGGAGCAGCAGCCAGAACAACUAACAGAUUCUCAAAUCAAGUUAAUCAAUCAUUCUCUGAUUCAUCGUUUCAAAAUAUCAACGGAAGCAAUAACUCAGAUCAAACUUCUACUGAUGAUAUUGAAAGCACAAGCGAGUACACAAGAAGAUUACUUAAAUAUCGAGGAGAUAAUUUGGCAAAGCAAAACUCAUCAAUAUAUAAAAGAUCCAGUUUUGGGAGCAACAGAUCUUACGAUAAAUAUCCAUCUAGUGAGAAUAGCUUUCAUCGCACUGAAUUUUCUUCAAAACAAGAGAAGACUCCAUUGAGAGCUGCGUUGAAAAGUGUCAUGAAUCGUAUUGAUGCUGCAUGCAUUCCUUUGGUGCUAGUAGGCUUCCUGGUAGUUUUCUUCUUACUCAUCAUAUUUGUUUAUGUCACUAAAAGUCCUGAUAUUGAAAACGUUAUAAAACCGUCUACCACAUCAUAUGCUCUUUGUGCUGAUCCUUACGAUUUCAAUUCAAUUUCCUGUAUAAGUGAAGCAAGUUUAGAACCAUCAUUAAAUCUUUUGAAGACUCUGGCUCACGAGUUACAAGCGCGAGUUUUGGCUCAACCAUGUUCAAAAGCUGAAGCGACUACUUUAUGUGUUGGAGAAUUUUGGCAGAAGCUGAACGAGAAAGGCAUUGCGCAGCAAUAUAACGAAAUCGACAUUAUAAGACACACACACAGCAUCGAAUAUCUGAUUGACAUUAACAAGCAAUGGGGAAUUCAGAAUGUCAAUUCGAAUGGAGAAGGAAUGCAGCUGGAAGAUGUCGUAAAGUUACGACCUGAUCAUAAUGAAUGCUUUUCUAUUUUAAAUCCCAAACUGCCAAUCACUUGCACCAUUUAUCGAAAACUUCAAAACUUCUUCCUCAUCAUUGGUUGCAUGGCAGUUGUUAAAUUAACAGGAGUAUUUUACGAAGCUGUCGCAUAUCUAGAACAGAACGAGAGUCGUAUUUAUUGUGGCAUUGAAACGAUAAAUGGAGAAGAUUUCAAGAUCUUACGAUGGAUUGACGAUGUAAAUAACAUUUCUGGCUUAGGAGUUCAAAUAUCACAGGGUCAGCAGACUCAACAGCAACAGCAACAAAGAGGUAACAAUUUAAAUUUCCCUCAACCAGAUAGUCGAUCGUAUGUCACAAUGAAAAAAUGGAUGGGAUCAGCUUUUGAUAAAUCAAACAAAAUUAAAGAUCCACCAACAAAUUGUUUAAAAAUUCGUCAAAUGUUCAACAAGAGUGAAAUCAAUGAUCCGAAUUUGCAAUUAAUCAUUCAAGAUACUAUUCUACACAAGCUUAAGGACAAGAAUUGUAAAAUAUAUGAUGUGCAAAUUGAUUCAAAAACCUGUUGCGUUUAUGUAAAAUGUGCAACAUGCGCAGAUGCUGGAAUUGUUCACGGAGAGAUUAACGGAUGGUGGUUAGACACUGGAUUGGUUGUAGUGAAGUUUUUGAGACAGGACAAAUAUCAUCAACGAUUUCCAGAUUCAAUCAACUCGAACACGAUUUUGCGUCCAUCUCCCAACAUUUAUAUCACACAAAAUGAUUCAGCGACUAACGAACACGACGACUUUUUUGACGAGGAAAUUGACGAUGAAGAUUAUGAAU